GCCCUCUUCUACUUCCCCAACUGCACAGAGAUGGGCCCAUCACCCACCUGGGAAGUCGUGGGUGGAGAACAUGUUGGCAGCAACAGUGCUACCUUCGGCUUCAAGAUUGCGCCUGGGGACACUUUCGACGUGAGCUACUCCCUGACCCUG